GCUCCAUCGUAUCGCGGUCUCGCUUCCUAGCGUAGAGGAAAGCGCCUUUCAUCGUCAUCAGGCACCACCACUCCUCCGUCAUCGACCACUUCACUCCUCGGAAACAUGAGAGUCGCCCGACCUUCCUUCAACCCGGGCCGGACGAAAAACAUCAUCCAUGGGUUCCAGGGAUUUAUCAUCUUCCUGGCGUGGGCCUUGACCAUCGCCGUGUUCACUAAGGGCGGUGGCAUUGAUGGGAGAUCCGCCUGGUACUGGGCCUUGUGCUGGUUCAGUAUCCCCGGUCUCAUCUACUUAGUGGCCGUCCCCAUGUGGCCGCGCGCACGCCGGUUUGGAAAUGUGUACGCCUUCGCGACCGUGGACUGCCUGUACGCCAUCUUAUGGUUCAGUGCCUGGGUCUGUGUCGCCAGCUACGUGGCGCAGGGGAAGAGCGAGGGUAAGAGCGACAGCUCGACGGACAGCGACAGCAAGUCCAGCAGCAAGCGGGCGAGCGACAGCAAGAAGAGCGGCUGCGACAACUGGGCCUACGGCAACGCCAGCAAGUGCAAGAUCAGCACGGCCACCGUGAUCUUGGGUGUUAUUGUCUUCUUACUCUUCGUGGUCACCGCGUUCAUGUCCUUCCGCAACGUUGUGCACUUCCGCCGCACCGGCACCCUGCCCGACGCCGUCUCCGACCCGACCUUCGCCGCCCACACCAAGGCCGCGUUCUCGUCCAACCCGGCGCACGAUUUCGAGGAGGAGGAAGACGACUUCCGGUCGCGCGCGGGGAUGGGCUCGUCGGUCCGCGGCGAUCGCGAUGAGGACUACGCCCUGUUGCAUCAGAGCGAGGCGGAUGACUUCGGCAGCACCACGCACGGCCGCUCGGCGGCGUCGGGCGCCUACGACCCGACCGUCUCGACGGGCAGCGUGCUGCACGACUACAACACCAGCUACGGCGGGGCGCACGGUCAGCACUACGGCGGACCGUCGGAGUACGAGCCGAGUCACAGUGGCUACGGCCACUAGAGGGGUUGACGGAGAGGAGAUGCGGUGAAAAGAAAAACCAAAGACAAACCUUCGAAACGAACCAUGGGGCGGUGUUUGCGGGCGCAC